CAUACACACUCACACACCAGCAAAAAUCAAGGGAAAAAAAAACAAGUUAAAAAAUGGAGUUUUCAAAUUCUAUCUUUUAUUUUUUAUUUUGUGUUAUUUUUGUAUUGGUUUCAAUGGCCAAUGCACAGUCUCUGGUUCCUGCAAUGUUUAUAUUUGGAGACUCUGUAGUUGAUGCAGGCAAUAAUAAUCGUCUGUACACCAUUGUUAAAUCAAAUUUUCCUCCUUAUGGUAGAGAUUUUGUCAAUCACAGACCAACCGGUAGAUUCUGUAAUGGAAAACUUGCCUCUGAUUUCACUGCUGAAAACUUGGGCUUCACUUCAUUUCCACCAGCCUACCUCAGUCAAAAAGCUAAAGGCAAAAACCUACUUAUUGGUGCCAAUUUUGCAUCUGGUGCUUCUGGUUAUUCUGACUCUACAGCUAAAUUAUAUCAUGCAAUUCCAUUGACUCUGCAGCUACAGUAUUAUAAGGACUACCAGAAAAAGAUGAUGAGAAUUGCAGGACCAUCAAAUGCAUCAGCAAUUAUAUCUGAAGCAAUCUACCUUUUAAGUGCUGGAUCUAGUGAUUUUGUCCAAAAUUAUUAUAUUAAUCCUCUUUUCAACAAGAGAUUUACGCCUGAUCAAUUCUCUGAUAUUCUCAUACAAUCAUAUUCACAUUUCAUUCGGGAAUUGUACUAUUUGGGAGCUCGAAGAAUUGGAGUAACAUCGUUGCCUCCUCUCGGAUGCUUGCCUGCAGCUAUUACGAUAUUUGGCUUUGAUAGCAAUGAAUGUGUGGCAAGGUUAAACAGGGAUGCAGUAUCCUUCAAUAACAAGCUCAAUGCCACAUCUCAAAUUCUGCUAAGCAAGCUGCCAGGAGCGAAAAUCGUCGUUUUCGACAUCUAUCAACCUCUUUAUGAUCUUGUUACAAAACCUUCUGAUUAUGGAUUUGUCGAGGCAAGAAAAGCUUGUUGCGGAACCGGAUUAUUAGAAACAUCUAUAUUAUGCAAUUCCAAGUCGAUCGGAACUUGUGCAAAUGCAUCUCAGUAUGUAUUCUGGGACGGUUUUCAUCCGUCGGAGGCUGCAAAUAAAGUCUUGGCAGAUGACUUGCUUGCCAGUGGCAUCGCUCUCAUUACCUAAAUAGCACUCAAAGUUUGUCUAUUUUGCUUCAUUUUCUGUUGCAAUACUUAUUAAAGAGGGUAUUUUAUCAACUGUGUAACUUCAUUUUGUGCAAUACUCAGUAACAUUGAUAAAUGAAUCAAAAUAAGACAUUGCAUUUA